AUGGCGGCUACCGAGGACGAUCGGCUGGCGGGAAGCGGUGAGGGAGAGCGACUGGAUUUCCUGCGGGACCGGCACGUGCGGUUCUUCCAGCGAUGCCUUCAGGUCUUACCCGAGCGAUAUUCUUCGCUCGAGACUAGCAGGUUGACAAUUGCAUUUUUUGCGCUCUCCGGGCUGGAUAUGUUGGAUUCCUUAGAUGUGGUGAACAAAGAUGAUAUAAUAGAGUGGAUUUACUCCCUGCAGGUCCUUCCCGCAGAAGACAGAUCAAAUCUAAAUCGCUGUGGUUUCAGAGGAUCUUCAUACCUGGGUAUUCCAUUCAAUCCAUCAAAGAAUCCUGGAACAGCUCAUCCUUAUGAUAGUGGCCACAUAGCAAUGACCUACACUGGCCUUUCAUGCUUAGUUAUUCUUGGAGAUGACUUAAGUCGAGUAAAUAAAGAAGCUUGCUUAGCAGGCUUGAGAGCCCUUCAGCUAGAAGAUGGAAGUUUUUGUGCGGUACCUGAAGGCAGUGAAAAUGACAUGCGAUUUGUUUACUGUGCUUCCUGUAUUUGCUAUAUGCUCAACAACUGGUCAGGCAUGGAUAUGAAAAAAGCCAUCAACUAUAUUAAAAGAAGUAUGUCCUAUGACAAUGGGCUGGCACAGGGAGCUGGACUUGAAUCUCAUGGAGGAUCUACUUUUUGUGGCAUUGCAUCACUAUGUCUGAUGGGUAAACUAGAAGAAGUUUUUUCAGAAAAAGAACUGAACAGGAUAAAGAGGUGGUGUAUAAUGAGGCAACAGAAUGGUUAUCAUGGAAGACCUAAUAAGCCUGUAGACACCUGUUAUUCUUUUUGGGUGGGAGCAACUCUAAAGCUUCUGAAAAUUUUCCAAUACACUAACUUUGAGAAAAACAGAAAUUACAUCUUAUCAACUCAAGAUCGCCUUGUAGGCGGAUUUGCCAAGUGGCCAGACAGCCAUCCAGAUGCUUUGCAUGCAUACUUUGGGAUCUGUGGCCUGUCACUAAUGGAGGAAAGUGGAAUUUGUAAAGUUCAUCCUGCUCUGAAUGUAAGCACACGGACUUCUGAACGCCUUCGUGAUCUCCAUCAAAGCUGGAAAACCAAGGACUCUGAACAGUGCUCAGAGAAUGUACAUAUUUCCACAUGACUGACUUUAGAUUGGGACAAUGUGGGGAUUUGUAGCAUAACUGUAGCUCAAGGUUAAAAGCCAUGUAUAACCAAGUGUGCUCUUUUUUAAGAGGUAGAGUCUUACAAUCAAAUCUCAUACUGAUGUCACUUUGCGAUACUGUCUUGAGCCAGUAACCUUUGUACUGGCUUUCAAGAAAAUCUUUGUUGAAGUUUGAACCGCAGUGGACUCUGUUGUGGUUCUUAAAUGUUUAUAUUGUAUUUCUAAGAAGUUCUUUGAAGCAAAUUAACUAUGUAUGUAGGUUAUCUUUUUAAAAUCUCUUCAGUACAAAUUAUAUAUUAUAAAAUGAACACAAAUCUUCAAAAGAAGUUUGCACUUCAUAUAGCAUUGAUAAACUUCAGGUGAACACUUAGUGAUUAUUUAGAAAGCUUGACUGUUGGUGGUAGAAAAUUUGCUUUAAUGAAUUAAGUAUCUGGGAUUAAUCUUUGAAAACAGAUGAUCCCAUAAUUUUUUUUUUAAGAAGAAUGACUUAUUUUGUCUUAUUCUUAAGUGUGCCAAUUAAACGUGUGUGGCCUAUAUAAAUGAAAUUAAUAGCUUUAUAGUAAGAAUAAAUAGGCUUGACUAAUAGCAAUAGAUUUCUAAAGGGAGAUUGUUUAAGAAGACUAUUAUGUAACUGAAGGAAAAGUAAUUUAACUGUCUAUGAUUUUGAAUGAGAAAGAUUUGUGUUGUGUGGGUCAUUUAUUUAGAUGUUGCUGGGGUGCAUGCCAGUUUGAUUUUAAUCUCGUCAUUCAUUGCCUUUUUUUUUUUUUUUGCUUUUUGAGGAGAAAACUUUCUUAUCUAGAAGGAAAGAUAUUUAGUAUUUUUAUUUUUCUGAGAUACAUGAUAUUAUAAACUGUACUUUUAUAACUGAGUUAUUUUUAGCCAUUUGGAUUUCUUUUUUUAGUUUGUUGUCUCCAGUGUGUUUGCUGCUCUGAUUUCAAACUAAUGAUUUUCUAAUUUUUCAAAUAAGUAAAAAUUUAAAUACAAAAACAGAACUAUCCAAGUAAAUUCAGUGGUGCAGCUUCAUACAUGGUUAUUUAUAUUUUUAUAUUUUCAGGUAAGUAGGAGGGAAAUGUAACCAUUUAAAGGGUAAGAACUGAGAUUACACUUUUGUUCAUUGUUUUCUUAAUUCUAUAAGCUAGCUAAUUGUAAAGGAGAUAGUGUAAAAACUCUUCAUUAGUAAUCAGUGUAUCAAUAAAUCACAUUCAUCACUUA